GGGAGGGUUGGGAGGGGAACACCCAUAAGGAAGGGGAGGGGGAGGGGGAUGUUUGCCCGGAAACCGGGAAAGGGAAUACACUUGAAAUGUAUAUAAGAAAUACUCAAGUUAAUAAAAAAAAAAGAGAUUUCAUCUUAAAAAAAAAAUAAAAAAAAAAUUAGAGUCAUGAUAAAUGGUAGGAUUUUUAAGGUUAUUAUGCAUAAAAAUAUCUUACGUCUGUGGCCAUCAAUUAUGGUAUAGGUAUAUUUGGCAGUCUCUACAUGAUUCCACCUCUAAAUGACCUAAUUUUUGUACUGUCGUGCUGUCAUGUGACACUUUACCAUCCCUAAAUAUAAUAUUUGAUAAGAGAGAAACCCCAAGCAUUAAAGAACAAUCUUUUGAGAUUUUACUAGAGGAAUAGAAAACAUUCAGAGAACAAAAGGUGAUCUUCUCUUUUGUCAGUCUAUGACAAAUGCUUUUUCAUGUAAAGAGCAAAGUCACAGAGCCUAGAAUGCUCAUAAAACUAGUGUUUGUGUUAUUUGAGUCAACUGUGUGAUGACACUAAGAAUUUGGAUAGAAGAAUGAAGAGCUCAAAUUUGGAGUAUGCAUGACUUUUCACGUGGAAAAAAACUUGAAUUUUGGUGUAUGUUUGAUUAGAGCAGAAGGCACAUGCUACACAAUCUCUGUGAUUCCAUCAACUACUCUCAAUAUAAUAUCAAUAUGCCAUGAGCACAUCUUCUCAUGAAAGAUUAGAAUACAAAUUUGAAAUUUUCCUGAACUCAGAAAAUUAUACCUGACUCUGAUGGUCUUGUGACACCAGUCCUUUUUAAUUGACUAUAAAAACCAGUGAUAUUCUGCUACAGAGACAUUCAAAUACUUGAGUAUUGCAUGAGUAACUUUUCAUCAUUCAAUUAAAUACUAAUUUUUAAGAAUAUGUGGGAGUAUAUAAAGUAUUUUUCAAAUUUAAUUAUACUACACAAUAUUACUGGGAAGAGAUAAAUCUGUGUACUUUUAAAACACAGAUAAAAUCAGAUCAUCUUGGGAAGAAGAAUGUCUAGGAUAAAUAAGAUCUUGUCCUGUCCACAUUCUUUUUUUUUUUUUUUGGUUCUUUUUUUUUCGGAGCUGGGGACCGACCUGUCCACAUUCUUAUAAGAAGACAUGCACCUCUGUCCUGCCCCAUGGACCUUGUGGAGUCUCGAACAUCGCAGAUCAAAACAUAAAGUGCGCUGGUGCUGGAUGGAGGGCCCAUUGGUCCGGCCCUGUGGGCUCACACGAGGUUAGAGGUAGCUCGCAAGGUCCUGCUGCGCAAGCGCGUCCAAGAUGUCCAUGCUUCUGCAUCUACACAAUGGCUGGCAGGUAGACCAGGCAAUCCAUUCAGAGGAGGACUGUGUGGUCGUCAUUCACUUCGGACACGACUGGGACCCCACUUGCAUGAAGAUAUACAAAGUUCUGUACAGAAUCGCCGAAACGAAAUGGAAGAUAGUGAGAGAUCUUCCUCAUCCUGUAUGA